UGUAGGCCAUAUUGGUGCACGUGGAUUAUGUUUAGGUACUGCCUGUUCAAAAAUAUAAAAUUCCUCUAUUCUGUUCGGACGAUGUGUGAUAAGCCGAGGAUGUUAGUCAGGUGUAUAGACGAUGAUGACUUCUUAGAUAUAACAUUUCGUUACGGAAAUGAAUCAUUAAAGGAAAGACAGUUCCGUUUUCGUAGAUCUAAAGAAGAAAUCUUGAGUUCUUUCUACAAAAGAAUUAUUUCUAACAUUAAUUCGGCUAUAACUAAGAAGAGGAAGAAGAGUGCUGAACAGGAAGAUAAUUCUCUGUUAGAUAUUCCUUUAAAAAUUAGUUAUGAAGAUGUCUUAUUAAACGAAGAGACAAAAAACGUAGAAGCUCUCAAAGAAGGAGCAAUUGUAUCAAUAGGGGAUGCAGUUUAUGAAGUUUCAGUUAAUGUUCCAGCUGUUCGAUCUUUAAAGUUACCUUCUUCAUUAAUGGUUGGCUUUCCAGUACAUCCAAUUCUUAAACUAGAGUUUUCAAAUGUUAUUGAUUGUCAGUUUGUCUGGUAUAAAUUGAUUAACAAAGAAGAAAGAAAGAAAAUACAGGAAGAAAAACGCCAGGAUAACAUUUUAGUUUUGAAUACUGGAUCGUGGCUUGAAGUCUGUCGGAAUUACACUUAUACACCUGUUGCAGAUGAUGUGGGGAGAAAGUUGAAAUUCGUGUGUGUGCCAAAAAAUGGGAAUAGAAUAGGUUUAGAGGAAAGUUGUGAAUCAGUGGAAACAGUAAAUGCUGGUCCGGGACACUGUCCUUUUGAAGAUAGGCACAUGUACACACAAAAUCGUGUACACAAGGAUAGCUUUCGAUGUGUAUCGUACAACUUGUUAGCAGACAGGUAUGCAGAUUCAGAUUUUUCUCGCACAGUACUCUUUCCGUAUUGUCCACCAUAUGCAUUAGACAUAGAUUACAGAAAACAGUUAUUUAUGAAGGAAAUUGCAGGAUAUAAUGCAGAUAUUCUAUGUUUACAAGAGGUAGAUAACUCAAUAUUCACAAAUGAUUUAGUUCCUAUUCUUAAAGAAUUUUACCAAGGAAAUUUUUCUCAAAAAGGAGAAAAUGUAACAGAAGGAGUUGCAAUAUUUUAUCAUAUAUCAAAAUUUAGGUUGAUAAGUGAACAUACUGUGAUGAUUCGUAAUAUUUUAUGUAACGAACCAAUUUUUGGAGAGAUCUACAAAAAAUUGGCAGAAAAUAAAAGUUUUAUUGAAAGGUUUCAAGCAAGAAACAGUAUUCUACAGACUGUUUUACUUGAGAGUAUUGAGAAACCUGGUAAAAGGUUACUUGUAGGAAACACACAUCUUUACUUUCAUUUAGAUGCAGACCAUAUUCGCCUGGUGCAAGCAACAAUUUGUUUUAAAUAUUUAGAACAUCUACUGAAAAAACAUGCUGAAGAAAAUGCAUGCGAGACACCAGCUCUUAUAUUCUGUGGUGAUUUUAACAGUUGUCCAGAAUUUGGAGUUAAUGAAUUAGCAACAAAAGGCAAAGUUUCUGCAGAAUCAGCAGAUUGGCAUAGUAAUAAAGAAGAAGCAAUUGUGGGAUUAUCAGUCAGUCAUGGCUUAAAAUUAGCAAGUGCAUGCGGAUAUCCGGAAUAUACUAAUUUCACUACUGGCUUUAAGGGAUGUUUGGAUUAUAUAUUUUAUGAUACAAACAAUUUGGAAGUUGAAGAAUGCAUACCUUUUCCAACAGAUGAGCAAGUCAAGCAAUAUACAGCAUUGCCGAAUGUGGUUUUUCCAUCGGAUCAUCUAGCAUUAGUAUCUACUCUAAAGUGGAAAUAACUUUUCUCUGUUGCCUUAACUUAAUUGUGUACAUAUUCUAUAUUAAAUUUUUUUAAAAUUGGAAAGCU